CUCGCUCCACCCCGCGCAGGGCUUUCCCCGCGGCGGCUCCAGCCUUUCCAGGCCGGCAGCGCUAGGGGGAGCGGCGGAGGGUGCGGGGUGCGCGGCCCGGCCAUGUCUCCCGGGGAGGCGGCGUCGGGCUGAGCGCUGUGCGGCACCAUGGGGCGGCCGCCCUGCCUGCCGCCGCCGCUGCCGCUGCUGCUGCUGCUGCUGCUGGGCCAGGUGAGAGAUUCAAUUGCUUGCACUGAUUGCAGUAAUGUAACUGCAGAAACAGGAGACAGUAGCAAUGGUAAUUUAUUAGUAGACUCUAUAAGUGUGAACAAAACCUAUGAAGGUGGAGGAUCAUCCAAGAAUGUGUCAUUAUCUGACAGCACAAUAAGCAAUCAGAACAACGUAACACAACCCAGCCCAGUUCUUGAUCUCAAGGCCGAAUAUGUUGGUGUGACAUCUGUCAACUUAACAUGGACGGUGAACGACACUGCGUCCAACUCCUACAUGUACAGGAUAGAGAUUGUAAAUAAUACCUCUACUGGGAUCGUGAUGUCCAAUGUCACUGAAAUUGAAAUUACUGAUUUAGUGCCUGGGACACUGUACAAUUUCACUGUAUUUGCAGUAGUGGCUAAUGGUCACAAGGAAGGAGAAGGACGGUCCAUAGAACUGUAUACCAAGCCGAGCCCAGUUCUUGAUCUCAAGGCAAAAUAUGUUGGUGUGACGUCUGUCAAGUUAACGUGGAUGGUGAACGGCGCUGCUUUCCACUCCUACACGUACAGGAUAGAGGUUGUAAAUAAUACCUCUGUUAGGAACCUGGUGUCCAAUGCCACAGAAGUCGAAAUUACUGAGUUAAUGCCUGGGACGCUGUACAAUUUCACUGUAUUUGCAGUAGCGGCUGAUGGUUACACAGAAGGAGAAGUACGGUCCAUAGAACUGUAUACAGAGUCCAGCCCAGUUCUACAUCUCAAAGUGGAAUAUGUUGGUAUGACAUCUGUCGACUUAACAUGGACAGUGAUUAGCAAUGCUUCCAACUCCUACACAUACAGGAUAGAAGUUGUGAAUAAUAACUCUGUUAGGAAGCUGGUGUCCAAUAUCACCAAAGUCGAAAUUACUGAGUUAGUGCCUGGGACACUGUACAAUUUCACCGUAUUUGCAGUAGCGGCUAAUGGUCACGAGGAAGGAGAAGGACGAUCCAUAGAACUGUAUACCAAGCCGAGCCCAGUUCUUGAUCUCAAGGCCGAAUAUGUUGGUGUGACAUCUGUCAACUUAACAUGGACGGUGAACGAUACUGCUUCCAACUCCUACACAUACAGAAUAGAGGUUGUAAAUAGUACCUCUGUUAGGAACCUGGUGUCCAAUGCCACAGAAGUCGAAAUUACUGAGUUAAUGCCUGGGACGCUGUACAAUUUCACUGUAUUUGCAGUAGCGGCUGAUGGUUACACAGAAGGAGAAGGACAGUCUGUAGAACUGUAUACAAAGCCGAGCCCAGUUCUUGAUCUCAAGGCUGAAUACGUUGGUGUGACGUUUGUCAACUUAACAUGGACGGUGAUUGACACUGCUUCCAACUCCUACACGUACAGAAUAGAGGUUGUAAAUAGUACCUCUGUUAGGAACUUGGUGUCCGAUGCCACUGAAGUCGAAAUUACUGAGUUAAUGCCUGGGACACUGUACAAUUUCACUGUAUUCGCAGUAGCGGCUGAUGGUUACACAGAAGGAGAAGGACAGUCUGUAGAACUGUAUACAAAACCCAGCCCAGUUCUUGAUCUCAAGGCCGAAUAUGUUGGUGUGACAUCUGUCAACUUAACAUGGACGGUGAACGACACUGCUUCCAACUCCUACACGUACAGUAUAGAGGUUGUAAAUAGUACCUCUGUUAGGAACCUGGUGUCCAAUGCCACAGAAGUCGAAGUCACUGAGUUAAUGCCUGGAACACAGUACAGUUUCACUGUAUUUGCAGUAGCGGCUAAUGGUCACGAGGAAGGAGAAGGACGAUCCAUAGAACUGUAUACCAUUCCUGCCUCAGUGAAUUCAUUUCACUGUGAACCAGUGGCCAAGCAGCCUUCCCUAAUUCUUAAGUGGGAAUGUCCUUCUGGUAACAAUUCUGGCUUCAAAAUUGGAAUAUUUAAUGAUACAUGGAAUAAAGAAAAAUGGGCUCCACCCUGCAUGAGAGAAGGCUCAGAGGAAACCAUCGAAACAGCAUCUUUAGAUUAUUUCAGGACCUAUAUUGUUACUAUUGCAACACUUUCAAAUAGCUCUCAGAGCUCUCCAGUGCAGAAAAUGUGUAAUACCAGCAUUACUGACCCACCUGCUCCAAGCAAACCUCCUUUAGUCAAGGCAGUCAGUCACAGUUCAUUGUCUGUUGAAUUCUCUGAUUUUAAGUCAGUGAAUGGACCAUUAAAAGCCUAUGCAGUAAUGAUCACAACAGAAGAACAAGGUUGUGAAACUUUGAAGUCUGAAUUGAACAACACAUACAGUGAUUUCAAGAAGAAGAUGACAGUCACCUAUGUAACAUAUGUUAUAGAUACAACAGAGCAGGCAAAAUCGCCUUCUUUCCAUUCUCAGAAUGGUACAAACAUCAUUAACGUAGGCAAGGGAAACAAAAUGUAUGGAUAUGAAAACGGACCAUUGAUUCCACUUCGUUCAUACAGGGCAAGUGUUGCAGGUUUCACUAAUAUAACCUUUACUAUGGCCAACAUCAUUGUGGGGGAAGAUAGUUAUGUAUCAUUUUCGCCCUGUUCUGAUGCUGUUUUGCUACCCCAGGAUCCAGGUGUUAUUGCUGGAGCUGUUAUUGGAUGCCUCUUAGCGAUAUUGGCUGUAGUCGCUAUAGGGGGUUUCAUAUUCUGGAGAAGGAGAAGGAAAGAUAAAAGAAGUACUGAAGUGUCCUUUUCUCCAAUUAAAUCAAAACUGAUUAAAGUGGAGAACUUUGAGUCUUACUUUAAGAAGCAGCAAGCUGACUCUAACUGUGGUUUUGCUGAAGAGUAUGAGGAACUCAAGUCUGCUGGUGUUCAUCAACCCAAAUUUGCUGCUGAACUUGUGGAGAACAGGGGAAAAAAUAGAUAUAACAACGUCUUACCAUAUGAUAUUUCUCGUGUUAAACUUUCAGAUCAAAGCUCUGGAACUGAUGAUUAUAUUAAUGCAAGCUAUAUGCCUGGCUAUAUCUCAAAGAAGGCAUUUAUUGCUGCACAGGGUCCUUUGCCCAAUACUAUAGAAGACUUCUGGCGCAUGAUUUGGGAAAAGGAUAUCUACUCAAUUGUUAUGUUGACAAAAUGUGUUGAACAAGCCCGGACCAAAUGUGAGCAGUACUGGCCAGACAAAGAAUCCAAGAGCUAUGGUGAAAUUAUUGUGACAAUGGUCUCAGAGAUUGUCCUUCCAGAGUGGACAAUAAGGGACUUCACUGUAGAAAAGUCCAACACACCAGAGAGCCACACAGUGCGCCAGUUCCAUUUCACCUCCUGGCCAGAUCACGGAGUGCCAGAGACGACAGACCUUCUCAUCAACUUUAGACACCUUGUUCAUGAGUACAGCAGUCAAAAUCCAAUCGACUCUCCUACUCUGGUGCACUGCAGUGCUGGUGUUGGGAGGACGGGGACGUUCAUUGCCAUUGAUCGCCUCAUUCAGCAGAUUGAAAUGGAGAAUACUGUGGAUGUGUAUGGAGUGGUGUAUGAUCUGCGCAUGCACCGACCUUUAAUGGUGCAAACUGAGGACCAGUAUGUCUUCCUAAACCAGUGUGUUAUGGAUAUUAUUAGAUCCCAGAAAGAAAAGAAAACGGAUCUGAUUUACCAAAACAUGACAGCAAUGGCAAUCUAUGAAAAUUUUACACCUGGACCAGGCUUCGGGAAGGCCAAUGGCUACCACGCGUAGCCUGGAAGGAACACAGUGUCUCCAGGAGGUGUUAGCUGCAUACAGGAAAAGGAGGUGGUCUCCUCCUGUUUUCCGGGAUUGCGUGCAGUGUCUCAUGUCUGGCUUCUCCAGUUCUGUCUGCAUUCAGAGAGGUGAUCUACAGGAGGAAAAACACAAUGCUGGCAGGAGCCACAGAUCAAUAUUUAAAAAAAACAUCAAGCAAAACUAUUUAAAGUUAGCAGAGGAAUCUUGCUUUUUCUUGGGAAUUUAACAGUGCUGAUAGGUGAAAUAGCAUUUGCAGUAUAAACAGUGAACUAGAGUUUAAAUAUUAAAAUAAUAACACAAGCUUUUUAUUACUAUUUUAUAUGAUUUCAUUUACAGACACCAGGCUUGUGGGCUGUUUUAAUAUAUUUAAUUGUAAGUUUCAGGAACAUAUUUUACCUGCUGUAUCUGGUUACUUAGCGAAUAGGUAUGUGCCUCUGUGAUUUUAAUUUUUUUCUGUGUUCCUUUUUAUUUAAAAAAGGAGCACAAACAGCUCCUUCAAAUGGACAUUUAUACUUGGAAAUUGUGCCUUUUCUAGUAGCUACUCUAGGAAAAAAAACAGCAGAGAUUCUAUUUUUGUACUGAAACUCUUAAUGAGAACACAGAUUUUUAAAUAAGGCUUAUGUCAAACUUAACUGUAGUUGCACUGUUGGCAGGACUCUCCAGAAGUUUGGAGGUGAGCUUUGUUUUUGCAUUUCACCACAACUAUCCCCUGCCUUAAUGUCUUGGUGCCUCUGCCUGAGGAAAAGGAGUGUGGUCUGUCACUCUGAGCUUUAACUAUAGUGAAAAAACUGAGCAAGUGAAUAUGUGGAUGCCUGUGCGGGGGUGGGGAUGUGUGCGUGUGUGUGUGUAUGAAGGACAGAAUAGCUCCUCCCUGUUCCUGGCUGAUAUUCCUGUUUUUAUACAAUUUAUAAUGAUUUAUUUAAAGGUGCAAUAUAUGAUUUACUGAAUAAUGAUUGCUCUAUUCUAAUAGAGUUUUACUCAGGUUGGUGUCUUUAUCAUUGUUGUUGUUUUUCCUCAAAUAUAUAAAUCUGUGAAAAUGUAGGAACUAAGGUUCUAGGUGUCCAAGCACUCCCAAACAGAUUGACUGGCUUUACUGUUUCUACCAAAACAAAUUGCACAAAAUUCUGCUGUAAAGACCAAUUUCUUGGUUGUUUUAACCAUUCAAAACUGCGACACAUCUUACCUGCCUGCAUCUCAUCGAUCUAAUGUAAUUGCUUUAUAAUUACUGCUGCUGUUGUCUUAACUGGUCCUUUUAAAAACGGAACAAACAAGCAGAAAACCCCUAGUUGCUGAUUUUACAAAUCAGGGAUUAGAUUGGAUUUAUUUUGCUGGUACAUAACUGUUAGAUUUAUGAAGGACUUCUCAAGUAUCUUGGGGGAGUGUUUUUUCGUUCUUUGGAUCAUUGCACUGGUUGCAUUGCAGAGGAAUAUGGAGUUUGUGAAUAAUGCUAUAGAAUAGCUAUAAAGUGAUGAAAAUCUUAUGAAGGUUUAUGAACCAGAGUCCCUGGAAUUCUGCUGCUCCUUUGGGGUUUGGGUUUUUUUGUUUUUUUUGUUUGCUUUAGCAGAGUCGUCAGAAAAAACUACAGAUACUGGGAGUAUGUGUGGCAUUACAGUGGAACCUGGCAGCCUUGCAAAAUCCGCUGCCAGGUGAAGGGAAACAUAGGAAUUCCUGGUGCACAACUGUAGCUUUCCAGAUAUCCAGAGGAAUAUUUUACAACCUGGUGUGAAAUGGUGGUGUGCUGUGUGAGCAAAACUGGAGGACAAACCACAGUGCGCUUCCGCUUUUUUUUUUUUUUUGUAGCAGCCACUUGUGCGUUCUUGAAUAUAUUUUUUCUCUCUUUCUGUGAAAUACUUUAAAAAGAAAAAAAAAAAAACAUUUAAAAACUGUUGAUGAUCCUGCCCGACUCCAUCCAAGCUGGCAGUCCACAUAGUGGAUCUCUCACCCAGCGUUCUUCCUAAGCUGCUGUCAGAUAACAAAGAUAAACCACUUGGACCAAACAGAACCAUUCCAAAGGAACUGGGAGGGAGGAAAGCCUACCCCUUACAUUAUUUUUUUCUCUCUUACUCUUUUAAUUACUGUGCAUAUGUGCAGAGCAUAGAGCCAGUGUUCAUUAUUCUGAGUCUCUGAAGAACUUGCAGCCUUAGUGUGGUGAAUAAUGUCUUGCUUCAGAAGGCCCUGGGUUUAUGCAGCACGGAAGAGAAGGACGUUAAGAUUCUGUGCUAGAUCGUGUGUUUGCAUUAUAUUGCAGCAGAACAUUGGGAAACUAGCUAGGAUGGUGUGUGUUUCUGACUACCACUGCCCAGAUACUGUUACAGAAACAAACUUAUCUGUCCCAUUGUUUUGAUGUUGGAAGCAGGUGCCAAAUUCUUCUUCGAGUCAACUUAUAAUGAGUAUCCAUUUUUAAUAAAAAUGUAUGUGUGUGUUUUCCCAAAACUGACCCACUGUGAGAAGAGACAGAAAUUUGAAGUAAAUGAUCUCUUGAUCCCACAUACGGGUGGAAAGAGUUGGUAAGGCUUAAGAUACUGUAAACAUGCAGGUGGCCAUGGUGUCAAAGUGAGCAAGUAGGACCUGCCUCACAGGAUAUCUCUGCAGGAGGAGGAGGAUUGCUCUACUGCCUUAUGGAUGUCUUGGUCAGGAUGACUUGAAUUCCUGCAAAAAUAUUUUUUUCCUGCCUUCUGAUGGUUCUUUGUAUUACGGUUGCCAAGAUCUGUCUCUCUGGUCAGUGUUUUCUCUCAUUGGUAUCUACUUUUCAGGCUGAAAGCUCCAUUGUGGCAAUUACAUCUCCUACAUUUCUGUUGUACUCUCUUUCCCAUCUGGGGCCUGCUUAAGAAGGGAAAAGUUGAUGUGUUUCAAAUAAGUGACUGUUGAAUAUCUUGAAACGGUGUACAAAUUCUAUUGUUUUCGUAUUUGUUGUACAGGAAAUUUCAGCACGUCUAUAAUGUUUUUAAUGGUUUGAUUUGUUUUUAAAGAUGUAAAAAUAACAAUUAAAAGCAUCAUCCUAGAGCACUUCCUGUCUUGU